AUGUCAGAAGCCAGUGACAGCCAGAAUAAGUCUGAAGAGCAGGUCAAUCUCAGUCACGACACUAGUCCCUCUAGUAGCUAUGAUGAGGGAAGCAGAAGCACUCCCAACAACUUGCCUAAGGCGGCUACUAGGCAAAGAAAGAAAAGAACUUAUGAGAGUGAAGAUGAAGACUUUGUGAUUGAGGAGGAAGUGACCUCCAAGAAAAAGGUGCUCAAGAAGGAGUAUGUUGUUGCUGCUACCAAGCCAGGCCUUUCCAAAAAGGGUCCUACAAAGAGGACUCCAAUGUCCAAGGCCAGAGCUUCAACUCAAGAGACAAUGCAGUUUACUAUUGAGCCCAGAGAAGAAGAAGAAGUUGCUGCUGGUGGAAAGAAAAGGAAAGAAAGGGUCAGAAAGACCAUUGCAAGAGUGACUGGAAGACUAUCCAUGAUGAGGGAUGAGGAGGAAGAAGAAGAGGAGGAAGAGCAUGUUGCACCUCCUGCCAAGACACAAAAGCUGAUGGCAGAUGCUAUCAAGACUGGGGCUGCUCCUUCAAAUCCCAAGUCUGCCCCCAAGUCAACAGCUCCAAAGAGAUCAACAAGGAAUAUCUCACCUGCAGAGAAGAACAAGGCCCCAGUGCCUGAAGUUCAGGAAGAUGAUGAGCCACUAGUGCUCAGGAAACUGAAGCCCAAGAUCCCAGAUCAUAAUGAUGAUCAUCCUGUGGUAGAGAAUAUGAAAUUGAGAAAGGAUCAUGGCCUGAGACCGUGGAGGCAGAAUGAUCCAUAUGCCACAAGGAGAAGGACUGAUGUGGACUAUCGCUUUCAUACCGAAGAACAGUAG